GCAGAGUUUUCGAACCGUAUGCGAUCUUUAGCGAGGUAAAAAUGCAUUAAUUUCCCAAGAUGGCACGGCUGUGCUGUGUCAUUUGAAGACAUCUUCGUUGUUUGCCGAGCAUGGUCUAAGAAUGCUCCAUGAUAACAAUGUUGUGUCAGCACCAAACUCGUCUUGUGACAGCAGCAUCUCAGUGAAAGAAAGUGUCAGUGAUCAUCAUGAUGGGAACUUAAAUUUUUUGAAAAGAGUAGAUAUUGUUUGUUACUUUUUGAAAGACAUUUUUUUCUGAGAGACAUUCCAAAAUGAAGCGAAAAGUAGCAUCUGCGCGACAACCCCAGGAUCAUCGACGAUCACGUGGCGGGAGCAGCAGCAGUAGUCAGGUCCCACAUGACCGCCCAUCACUACAUCCUUCAUCGAGACCCCGGGAAAGAGACAGGGAACUACCCACCCUCGUUGCUUCCCUUUCAUCGUCCUCAGAAUCGUCAGAGUCAGGUUUCUCUGAGCUCAGCCCAUCUUCAUUCCCGCAAGACAGGCCUCUGUACAUACGUCAGCAGCAGAAUGGCGCGUCUAGCUUUGCCAGCGUGCCCUCGGUGUCGCCGAGCAUCCCAACAGUACCUCAGUUUAUUGAUUCAAGUACAACUAGUUCCUCGUCACAUUCCCCGUUAACGGCCCAACUCGGUGCUGCUAUAUCCAGAACACUCUCCCAAUCUUCAUCUCAGGAAUCUCUAAUAGCCCCAUCCCUUCAGUUGUCAAGAAUUCAAGAAGCACCUCAAGCAUCAGCAGAGCCCAGUCAUGCUUCUUUUCAGCAUUCGGUGCAGGCGGUCGCGUCAACACUUCUACAACCUUCGGAGUUAUCAACAACGUCCAUCGGUAACAUAAGCUCCCAGCAUGUGAGCCACAGUCAAACGUUGACACUGAAGAGGGCGGGGCCAUACCUGCUGGGACCACGAUUAGGAACGUCCCCUGUGCGAAGCAUUGUUCAGUGCCUGGCUCGAAGGGAAGGCUCAGACAAUUUUUAUUCAAUGAAGAUCCUGACACUGUCCGAGCAAGGGAAAGAGAGCAAUGAUGAGAGACAAGGGAAGAUGCUUUUGCAUACUGAGUAUUCACUGCUCUCAUUGCUACACAACCAGGAAGGGGUAGUGCACCACCACGGACUCUUUCAAGAUCGAGCUUACGAACUAAAACAAGACCACCAUCGUAACAGCAGAGGGCGCCAGACAGCCCCAACGGGCCGUUAUAAGAAGCGACUCUGUUUGGUGCUAGACUGCCUAGCUGCCCAUGAGUUUAGUAGCAAGACUUCGGAUUUGAUCAAUCUUCAACACUACGUCAUACGAGAGAAGAAGCUAACAGAGAAAGAGGCUAUCAUUAUGUUUUCAGAUGUGGUGCGCAUCGUGGACAGCUUGCACAAAAAAAACAUUGUUCAUCGAGAUCUGAAGCUUGGUAAUAUGGUGUUGAACAAGCGCACUCGCCGGAUCACCAUCACCAAUUUCUGCCUGGGUAAACAUCUAGUGAGUGAUCGUGAUCUGCUGAAGGACCAACGAGGGAGCCCCGCCUACAUCAGUCCCGAUGUCUUAAGUGGCAAACCGUAUCUGGGUAAGCCAAGUGAUAUGUGGGCUCUUGGUGUGGUCUUGUUCACCAUGCUGUAUGGUCAGUUCCCGUUCUAUGAUAGCGUACCGCAGGAACUGUUCCGCAAGAUCAAGGCUGCUGAGUAUGUCAUACCGAACGAUGGUCGUGUGUCUGAGAAUACGAUAGGACUGAUCAGAAACUUACUGGUGUUGGAUCCUGCAGUAAGAAUGUCUGCUUCUCAGGUCUCAGAGGAACUGGAUUCUACUUUGGCAAUGUGGAAAUCAUUGGCUUUGCAAGGAGAGCAGUUACAAGUAGUACCUGAUCUGGAGGUAGAGGGAGGAGAGGGUGAUGAAGAAGUAGAGGGUGUGCCUCCAGUCAAGAGAAUGAAGGAGACACCCUUACAGACUCCUCCUGAAUGGGACUUAAAGAUCCAUCAAGAUCGCUGUGUCGUCAGUGUAGACAGGAGACUCCACACACCUCCAAAGAGGCGUUUAGUACACCCACCAGUACAUAGACUAAAUCAGGACGCCAGACCGCUUACGCCAGCAGAGGUUAUGGCGCAUCGGCAUCUCUUGAUAUGAACAUGUACACUGAAUCUGUAUCCUUCAAGUUAGUACGUUUAUUUCAUAGUCAUCUUCAUAGGCACAAUUUUAAAGAGCUUCUUGGCCACAAAACUCACAGCUAAGCUUGAAACAAACUCGCCACAAAAAAAAACAGUGUCAAGUUUACUGUUUGUGACUGCUUGAGCACAAUAUUUACAGAGAAAUUUGCUCACCAGAAAAAAGGGUCACAAGGAAAUAAAAAAUGUGUUGUGUGUGUUGUUUAUGUUUCGCUGUGUGCUCAGUUUUCCGAUUUGCAGAGAAGUUCAAAAUUAUUAGUGAUUUUUUGCUUCAUUAAUUUGUGACAUUUGGCUUUUGAGGAGUUGGUAGUGGCCGUCUGGUUUGAUGACAGAUCUUUCUUUUUUUUUUGAUCGGAACAUUUACCUAUGUUCAUAAAUAAGAUUUGUUCUGUGAACAAAUCUUUAAGUUGAUCCAAUUCAAGAUUUUUUAGUAACCCUUCCGACUUUAUGUUGGGUUCCAUGAAGUACAGGCCCGUAAUUUCUCAGUAAUUUUUCUCAAAAAUUCCUUGAGCCUUCAAAUAUUUUUGAAAGAUGUGAAGCAGUCACCAAAGUAGUUAAUGAAAAUUCUAUUAAACCCUGCUCCAUACGAACAAGUAGAUCAGCCUUUGUGCAAAAAAUUGUCCUACUUUUUUUUGGAAGUACCAAAUAUGCCUGGGGUCAAUUUCACAAAGAUAGUUCUAACGUAGGACUCG